AUGAGCAUCGGUUCGUACGAAAGCUUGACAAUCCGAUUUGGACGUUUGCAAUUGAGAAGAUGUGGCUCAACCCCAGCUCUAACAAUCUUCGUUGCCUACGCACCAACAUCUAACUACGAACAAGAAGAACUGGAAGCGUUUUAUAUAGAUGUGAAGGGGCUCUACAGAGAAGACCACACUUCCUUCAAGGUCAUCGCCGGUGAUUUCAACGCCAAGAUUGCCCCCAGAAGAACGACCGAACAGCUCCAUAUCGAAACUAACGGAAUGGAAUGGAAGGAGCACAGUGAAAGGCUGUCUGAGUCUAUCAUGUCGACACACACCAUCAAUGGUAACACGCAGUUCCAGAAGGCCUCUCAUGGGCGAUGGACAUGGGAGUCACCCAGUGGACAGUUCCAUAAUGAAAUGGACUAUGUCGUCAUCGUCUUUAAUCGGAGGUUUCGCCUGACUGAUGUCGCUGUUGCUGCGUAG